AUGGAGGCGGUGCGGGCUCAGCGGCUGCAGCCCGGGGUGGGCACCGGGCCCCGCGGGGCUCGGCCCGGCCUCACCGGGGCUCCUGCGGGGCUCGGCCCGGCACCGGCAGCGGGGUCGGGGCUGGGCCCGGGGCUGGGGCUGCCGCCGCCGCCGCCCCCGCUGGGCCUGCAGGGCCCCCCCGCGCCCCCCGGGCCGGGAGCCGGGGCCGUGCCCGGGCCGCCCGCGGUGCUGCGGGAGGCGGUGGAGGCCGUGGUGCGGAGCUUCGCCAAGCACACGCAGGGCUACGGCCGCGUGAACGUGGUGGAGGCGCUGCAGGAGUUCUGGCAGAUGAAGCAAUCCCGCGGGGCCGAGCUGCGCAACGGAGCCCUGGUUCUCUACGAGAUGGUGCCGGCCGCCAGCCCCCCCUACGUGUGCUAUGUCACCCUGCCCGGGGGCAGCUGCUUCGGCAGCUUCCAGUUCUGUCCCACCAAGGCCGAGGCGCGCCGCAGCGCCGCCAAGAUCGCGCUGAUGAACUCCGUGUUCAACGAGCACCCCUCGCGCCGCAUCACCGACGACUUCAUCGAGAAGAGCGUCUCCGAGGCCCUGGCGUCCUUCAACGGCAACCGGGAGGAGGCCGAUAACCCCAACACCGGGAUCGGGGCCUUCCGCUUCAUGCUGGAGUCCAACAAGGGGAAAUCCAUGCUGGAGUUCCAGGAGCUGAUGACAGUUUUCCAGCUGCUGCACUGGAACGGGAGCCUGAAGGCCAUGAGGGAACGUCAGUGCUCACGCCAGGAAGUCCUGGCUCACUACUCCCAUCGCGCUCUGGACGAUGACAUCCGAAACCAGAUGGCCCUGGACUGGGUGAACCGGGAGCAGAACAUUCCAGGCGCCCUUUCCCGGGAGCUGGCGGCCACCGAGCGCGAGCUGGACGAGGCCCGGCUGGCCGGGAAGGAGCUGAGGUUCCACAAGGAGAAGAAGGACAUCCUGCUGCUGGCAGCUGGCCAGCUGGGCUCAGCGCACUCCUCUGGCUGCUGAAACCCCGAAAUCCCAACCCUUGGUUGAUGCCCAAAAUCCUUUCCCCAAGUCCCGGCCCGUUUGCACAUUUAGAGGAAAUUUAGGGAAAAAGCUC